AGUUGGAAAGUUCACUUCAAGAUGUUGCUGUAUUUGAUAGUCCAAAACUCAAAUUGGAACAGUACUGUACAACACCACACCUUGCUGCACGUAUGCUUUUCACUGCACAUUCCAAUUACGACGACAUUGAAGGCAAGACUGUUGCAGAUUUUGGCUGUGGGUGUGGUAUUUUGAGUUACAAUUUAGCACUAGAUAUAGAUUCAUCAGCUCUUUGUAUCGCGCAGAAUAAUUGUUCAAAUUAUAAGGUUAAUGUGGAUUUUAUCCUUACCGAUCUCACGUUAGACCCAUUAUGUCGGUGGAAAAAUAAUGUAGACACAGUUGUGAUGAAUCCUCCGUUUGGAACGAAAAACAACAAAGGCAUAGACAUGAUAUUUCUAAAAAAGGCUCUUGAGGUUGCUACGACUUCGGUAUAUUCUUUACACAAAAGUUCUACACGAGAGUACAUCCUUAGAAAAGCCCAAGAAUGGAAUGUCGAAUGUGAAGUCCUUGCUGAAAUGAAGCCUGUAGAGUCGAAAACAGGGGCAACGAGACUAGUGAUUGGAGCUCAAUACUCUUAUGGAGAAAUGUCAGCUGCGAAUGCCGUUGAAGUCACAGGUGAUCAUUUUAUUGAAAUUAAUUUACAAAGAAAUACGCAAACACAUUCUUCCAAUCAAGCAACUCGUGAUUUGCAUCAUAAAGAUCCUUCUUUAAAUCCGACUGUCAAUUUCUCAAAUUUUAUGUCGGAUACAAAUGAUUCGGUUUCAAUUGAGAAAAGUAUUGGCAUAAAAGCUGAAAUUGCUGGACUGGUACAAGAUCCUAUGAAUUCGAUAAACUCGUUGAAAUUGCCCGUCUCUGACGCUAAUCACAAUCCACGUAUUAAUAAAUUUAAAGAUGUUUUACAAAGUCCUAAUGUUGAUUUGACUGUACUCAGACAACUUAGUUGGAAAGGUAUACCAGAUGAAUUGAGACCAAUGGCAUGGCAAUUACUUCUCGGAUAUCUUCCAUGUAAUUCUGAUCGUCGUGUAGCAACAUUAGCACGUAAGCGCAAAGAGUAUGAAGAUAGCGUCUCCCAAGCGUAUGCAAGGGGAGUCGCUGGAUUGGAUCAAACCAUAUGGCAUCAGAUUCAUAUUGAUGUUCCUCGAACAAAUCCUGGUAUUGCGCUUUACCAAUAUGAGACGACGCAACAGUCUCUGGAACGCAUUCUUUAUGUUUGGGCGAUUAGACAUCCCGCUAGUGGAUAUGUUCAGGGAAUCAAUGACAUUGUCACUCCAUUUUUUACAGUAUUCCUGUCUGCUUACAUAGACUGCGACCCAGAAACAUACGAUCCAGGUUCACUUCCAAAAGAAGUGUUAAAUGUUAUUGAAGCAGAUAGCUUUUGGUGUUUAUCUAAAUUACUAGAUGGCAUUCAGGACAAUUAUACGUUUGCCCAACCAGGAAUACAAAGACAAAUAAGUACAUUAAAAGAUUUGAUAAAUCGAAUAGACGCCAUUAGCAACACAUCUCCGGGAGGAAGGCUUAGAGUUUAUUCAGUUUGCCUUCCGGUGGAUGAAUUGUUUGCUAAUGCGAGAGAUGUCUCUCAAGAAUACCAUUCGAAUGUGGGAUACUUAUUUGGUAUGGCCGAAGAUUCUGAUGGUUUCUCGGAAUUUCACCUAUACGUAUGUGCAGCGUUUUUGGUUAAAUGGUCGGAGAAAAUAAGAUCAAUGGACUUUCAAGGAAUCAUGAUGUUCCUACAAUCAUUACCAACUUCUAAUUGGGGCUAUGAAGAUAUUGAACUUUUAUUGUCUGAAGCCUAUAUCUUGAAAAGUUUAUUUCAUAAUGCACCCAAUCAUUUGUCUAGAGCAUAA